AUGGCCGAUGUUCCUCCCCCAACCUCAUCCGAGCUUCUACGGAUGGUGACUGAGCUUCAGCAAGCAAAUCAACGGAUGGCGGAGGAGAAUCAAAGAAUGCAGGAUCAAAUCGCGCAACUAGUCAAUGCUCGGCUGGAGCAUAACAAUGAUCAUCAUAACCGAGAAGAAAAUCAUGAGCGCCAAUCAAUACCGAUCCAUGUCUCCGAAACACCUCAACAGGAGGAGGAAGGGGCCCAUGGAACCGAGGAGGCCCAACCAAACGCCGAGGAAGAAGAGCGCGACAACUCUGCUGGCCCAUUUACGGCCGACAUCAUGAAUUUUCAACUCCCGAGACAAUUCACCUUGCCAACAACUUUAACCCCUUAUGAUGGGAUGGGAGACCCGAAGCAGCAUAUUAAAAAAUUCCGAUCUAUUAUGAUCGUUAACGGUGCAUCCGACCCUAUUUUAUGUCGUUGUUUUCCCUCUUUUUUAGAUGGUCCUGCACUUGACUGGUUUUGCUCUUUGCCUGCAGAUUCAAUAUCGCGUUUCCAAGAAUUAGCCAAGCAGUUUGAGGAUCACUUUGCAGCAUCCGCAAUAUACUUGCAUGAUUCUGAUUACCUGACAACCAUCAAACAAGGCCCACAAGAAAGCCUGAAGGAUUACAUUACCCGUUUUACGAAGAUCGCCAUGAGAAUCCCCGACCUUCAUCCCGAAGUCCAUCUCCAUGCCAUUAAAAGCGGUCUUCGUCCGGGCAAGUUCCAAGAGACAAUUGUUGUGAGUAAGCCGAGAACCUUGGCAGAGUUUCGCGAGAAAGCCAAGGGACAGAUAGAUGUUGAAGAGCUUUGGCAGGCCCGCAAAGCAGAAAAAUCAGCCGUGCCCGCAAAACAGAAAAGUCAACCGCGGCCAAGGACGAUGAUAAGCCCCGGGACAUUCAACACAAAGAGAGAUGACAUUAUUAAAGAAAUACUCAACUCCAAAUUAAUCAAGCCUCCUCGUAAGGCCGGCGCUUACCCGGAAUCCAAGACUGUUGAUAAAUCCAAAUAUUGCACUUUUCAUCAGAAACAUGGGCACACAACCGAUGAAUGUGUGAUCGCUAAAGAUCUCCUAGAACGCCUCGCGAGACAAGGUCAUCUCGACAAGUUUAUCACAGGACGUAUGCAGAAGAAUGUAACCUCGGCUUCUGACCUUGCAGCAGCAAGCCCCUCAUCAAAAGAAAAAGAUAACGCACCAGCCCAACCCAGAGGAAUUAUCAAUUGUAUUUCAGGAGGAUAUGCGGGAGGCAGACAUACAAGCUCGGCCCGGAAAAGAACUUACAGGGCCAUGUUGGCUGUUACAGAUGCCCCUAAAGUUCCUCAGCCGAUCCAGGAUUUCCCAGAAAUGACUUUCGGUUCAACCGACUUUAAUCAUGCCGAUGCUAAUUAUGACGAUCCAGUGGUGAUUUGCAUUCAGUUGGGGGAUUUAAUAGUCCGCAAAGUACUUCUCGAUCCCGGAAGCAGUGUUGAUGUCUUAUUCUUUACUACGUUCGAAAAAAUGAAACUAAGUCACAAAAUUCUGCAACCGUACCAUGGAGACUUGGUCGGAUUUUCAGGGGAGCGAGUCCCUGUUCUGGGUUCCGUGUGGUUACAAACCACACUCGGUGAGCAACCAUUAUUUAAGACACAAGACAUUCAAUAUCUUGUAGUCGACUGCUUUAGUCCUUAUAAUCUUAUAUUAGGUAGACCAUUUUUAAAUAAAUUUACAGCAAUCGUGUCUACAGUUCACCUUUGUGUUAAGUUCCCUGUGCAGGAUAAUUUAGUGGCAACCAUCCAUGGCGACCUCCAUGAAGCUCGGCAAUGCUAUAAUACAAGCCUGAAGCCUAUCAAAAAGAGCAACAUGGUGCAAGUCAACUCCAUACAACCUGACCAGCCAAGAUUGACAGAAAUAGACCCAAGAGCCGACUUCGAAGAUCGGCCAAUGCCAAACGAGGACUUAACAAAGGUCGCCCUGACCGAGGACCCCGCAAAAUUCACCUAUAUGGGGACAUCAAUCAGUAAGGAAGAGAAAUAA